CGAAUAUUAGUUUUUCGUAGUAGUAGAUCAACGAAUGCAAUAUGUGUUGCAUUGUCAUUAAAUCGCACUUUGUUAUCAUUCUGACCAAGGUGAUAGUAAUCUGUUUCCUAUCAAUCAUACCAUGGCCGGGUCCAAGCGUGUUCAAAAUAUCCUGCUCCCGGGACAGCUCUCGAGUGGUGCGCAAAAUAGUACAAUCCAAAUGGUUGCCGAUACUGGAAAAGUACCAAGUCAAGUUACCACUGGAGUGUCCGUUUCAUCCCUUGCGGGACAUCUUCAGUCCACAGCAAAGUGCCAAGAAACAGAACCGCCCGAGCCAGUGGACCUGCGGUUUUUGUGGUAAGAGCUUCUUCGAGGAGAAACACCUGGACAUGCACUUCGAGAACCGACACAAAAACAAAAUCAACAUGGCAGAGGAUGCUGUCUGUUUGGCCGACUACUGCGACAUGAUGCGUUGCGAAGUACUAAUCGCGAAGGACGCAACGCUGUCGUUUGGCGUUGAUCCGAACAUGAUGUCUACCGACAUUGAAGUUUGGAGUGAAUCAACGGCCUACAGAACUGCACUGACCACUUCGGGUCCCAGAGAUUUAGCUAAAAUGCCCGAAAGCACAUCAUUGCUUCCAAAGAUAUUGCAGUCCAUGAAGGAUGAACUGUUAGGUGAUCGGAAGGGGUCGAAAAAGGAUCGAUCGUCAAACUGCGACAUUAGCGAUAAUGAAAAACGACAAGUUAGUCCGUUUCCUGAAAAUGAGGAUAAACACGACUACGUGGUCGAAGAUGAAGAUGAUGAGGAAGAAGACAAUGAAGAUGACGAGGAUGAGGAUGAUGAAGAAGAUAAUGAUAAUGACAGCAAUACAACAUCGCAGUGUGAGCAGAAUCUAGUAGACUCGUCGCUACCGCCAGUCGACAAAAAACAACAAAAACUAUCCGAAAUGCAACGAAUGAAGGCCAACUGCAAAGCAGAGGAACUCCAGCAGUUGAAGACAGGAUGUGAAAUUCUAGUACGCGAUUGCAUUGUGGGCUUACUAGUGCAGUUGUCUCUAGAUGAUUUCAAAAGUAUGGAAGAAGAAAUGAACCGCGCUGUCUGCUGGUAUUUAACAUGCGAACGGUAUUGGGAAGAUGGUCCAUUAGAUCAGCGACCCUUUCCCUGGGGAUUGGUUUUUAUUCUGGUCAUGGUACUAUCUUUAGGGGUGUGCCUGUGCUACUACAUCAUUUGGAUCUUAUUUGAUGAAGAUCAUAGCCCAAUGGGAAGUAAUCAGAUAACUGCCCACCCAAGUCCAACGCAUGGUCGGCACUAUUUACAGCCACAGGCAGCUAGUAUUUACCAUCUGCAGGAUGGAGGACAUUCUGCCACAAGUCUCAACAGUCUGGGUCAGAUAUCAAAUCUAAAUGUGGCAACGGUAGGAACUUCUAGUGGGACCGAUCUACAGCACACGCCCCAAAUCCAUGCUACCCAAGUACCGUACGGUGACGAAAGUGGGGGCUAUGGAUACGGCACAGGUGGAUCCAACGCUAUUGUUUCCGAAGGGGCGUCCGCUGCGAAUGCCUCAAUCGGGGGUGGAGAGUUCAGCGAACUCGGUCAAAGCGAACACUACAUCUACGUUACCUACCCACCAGAACUGAAACGAAGACUACUAGAAAGCUGCUACAAUAGAACGACCCGUCUAUGAAAUUAGACUUACAAUGUUACAAUAGGCAACAUUUUAGUGAUUGAAUAAAACAUG